AUGCAGGGCUCUCAUGACUCCAAGCACCCUCUUAUUGUGAAAAUUCUAGAUGCAGUCAGAGGAAGUCCAGCUUCCAGUGUACCAAUUAAAUUAUAUAAAAAGGCUGAUGAUGGGACCUGGCAGCUCUUAAAUUCAGGAAAAACCAAUGAAUAUGGUGAGAUCCAUGAGCUUACAACCGAGAAACAAUUUGUAACAGGGUUAUACAAGAUUGAGUUUGACACAGCCACUUACUGGAAGGGACUUGGCCUUAACCCAUUCCAUGAACAUGCUGAUGUGGUAUUCACUGCUAAUGAUUCUGGUCAUCGUCAUUAUACUAUUGCUGCUCUCAUCAGUCCCUUUUCCUACUCAACUACAGCUGCAGUUAGUGAACCAAAGGAAUUAGGAACUACACAUUAACCAUGCAAACUGUCCUAUAUUGGUCAAUUUAAGAUGUGUAGAUUGAUUUCCUAUAAUUAAUGAUUCUGCAAUAAUUAGUACUUAUUACUCACGUAAUAUUUUUCAUCUUCAAACACUAACUCAGGAGCAAACUGCUACAUAACAGAUUUUUAUUUAGUGAAUGUGUUAACUCUGGUAAA